CUGCUCCUCCCUCUGACUCUCCUUUCUUUCAUUAAAUAGGCCCUAAAAUAUCCUUACAAAAAGAUUUUCCCAGUAGUGUCCAGAAUUACUCUGAAAAACGUGAAACCCAGACUCUCUCCAGGAUGAACCUCAGUGCUGCAAAUCACCGUAUACCCCUAAGUGAUGGAAACAGCAUUCCUAUCAUCGGUCUUGGCACCUACUCAGAACCUAAACUGACUCCUAAGGGAACCUGUGAGAAGUCAGUGAAGAUUGCCAUUGACACAGGGUACCGGCACAUUGACGGGGCCUACAUCUAUCAGAAUGAGCAUGAAGUAGGGGAGGCCAUCAGGGAGAAGAUAGCAGAAGGAAAGGUGCGGAGGGAGGAUAUUUUCUACUGUGGAAAGCUGUGGGCUACAAGGCAUGACCCCGAGAUGGUCCGUCCAACCCUGGAGAAGACGCUUAACACCCUCCAGCUAGAUUAUGUGGAUCUUUACAUCAUUGAAAUACCCAUGGCUUUAAAGCCUGGAGAUGAUUUCUAUCCUAAAGAUGAGAAUGGCAAAUGGUUAUAUCACAAGUCAAAUCUGUGUGCCACUUGGGAGGCUUUGGAAGCUUGCAAAGAUGCUGGCUUGGUGAAAUCCCUUGGAGUAUCCAAUUUUAACCGCAGGCAGCUGGAACUGAUCUUGAACAAACCAGGACUCAAACAUAAGCCAGUCAGCAACCAGGUUGAGUGCCAUCCGUAUUUUACCCAGCCCAAACUCUUGAAAUUUUGCCAACAACAUGACAUUGUCAUUAUCGCAUAUAGCCCUCUGGGGACCUCAAGGAAUCCAAGCUGGGUGAAUAUAUCAUCCCCACCUUUGUUAAAGGAUGAACUUCUAAACUCAUUGGGGAAAAAAUACAAGAAGACAGCAGCUCAAGUUGUUUUGCGUUUCAACAUCCAGAGAGGAGUGGUUGUUAUUCCUAAAAGCUUUAACCCUGAAAGGAUCAAAGAAAACUUUCAAAUCUUUGACUUUUCUCUCACUGAAGAAGAAAUGAAGGCCAUCGAGGCCUUGAAUAAAAAUGUCCGCUUCGUGGAGAUGCUCAUGUGGUGUGAUCAUCCCGAAUACCCAUUUCAUGAGGAAUACUGACUUCAGAGUGCCCUUGAAUGGAUUUUUCCCUCCCAUGCAUGCCAGAACCCUAGAUGUAGAAAUGAAAAGGUUUUACUAUCCUUAA